GUCGCGUCAGUCGUCGUGUACGUGUACGCGCGCGUGUUUGCCGCUCUACAAACUGUACCAGACCGGUGGUGCGCGCGUGUUGUGUGCGCGUCAAUUGUAUACAUAAACACACGCACUAUAUUCAGAGGUACACCCAACAUCCACCACCCUAAUCGUCACUACCAUCGGCACACUCCUAAUUCACACUGCACACUCACACACCGUUAUCACUGCCACCGCGUCCAACUCGGCCGACGCCACCACUACCCACGACGAUCGUGGUUUUCGCUACCGAAUCGCCGUCGCACCACCUGAUGGAUCCGCGCCGGACCGUGUGACUGCCGCGGUGUGACACACGACGACCGCGACGACACCGACGCUGCAUCGCUCGCGCAACGUUUUUUUCACCGACACGAAAGGCACCGACAUUAUUGUUGUCGUUGUCGUCGUGCAACCGUUGACUCGCUGUUUGCCACAUUUUAUCUCGGGAUCGAAUACCGCGUCCGGUUCGAAUAUCUUUUGGUUUGCGGUUGUCCCACUGCAGGAUAUAUCGCUUUAAAACAGUACAGGACUGCGAGUCCAUCGCCAUGUUGCGUUUCGAAGCAUGUAUGUCAUCUUCCCGGCGGACGAAGUCGUACAGCUGUCAUUCGGUCGACCCACAACCCGUCAACGUCAACAGCAACGGUCUGGUCAACGUUGCUAUUGUAACCAACACCGUACUAUCCCAGUCGUGGAUGGCGGUCACAGACUCUUAAGAGGAGAUCAAUCGAUGAACUCAAUGGCCUCAACGAUGGGCGAUGACCUAUCGCUCAGGGAUCUUACGCAUCCAGCACUAAACGACUCUUUAAAAACGCACAAUGCUGCUACCUUCAAACUCGUCAAAACAGUGUCAGAUUUCACUCAAGAGUUGUCCCAAAUGUACGAACAACACGCAGCCGAGCUGCAGUUGCUGGUAACGAAUUUCCGAAAGAAAAACACCGAUCUCAGGAAGGACAGGCCUUCAUUCCCUAGCCAAUUAUUUUACACAUGGGAGACGUUCCUGCAAGAAGUAGAAACGGACUCAAAGUCAAUCAGUAACGUAGCUAGUGUACUUGGUCGGCAAAUUUCUAGACCACUUUUAGAUAGGUCAUUCCAUCGAAAAGUACAGUCACGUAAGGUAUUCAGUCAAAGAGAUUCAUUGGAAAUGAUUUUACAAAAGUCAGAAGAUAAACUAUCAAAAUGUAGAGAAGAUUACAAACGUUCUUUUCUCGCUCAGCUGUCUUCUCCAAACAGCUCAGCGUCUUUAUCUUCAUAUCUCGAUGCCCACAACGCCUACGUCACUCAACUGCAUGCCACUAAUGGUAUGGUUGACCAGUACAACCAAUACGUACUACCGCAACUUUUACAGGAAUUAGAAGACGUUUACUCGGACUUGUGUAUGUCCCUGUCGGACGCGGUUCUUCAAGGAUCCGACGUCAUAUACAACAAGUCCAGUGAUCAGUCAAAGAGAUAUAACGCUCUAGGAUCUCAAUGCCGACAAUUGACACCUGGUUCAGAUUUGAUCGCGUUCGCCCGGUCUCUAACGCCUCUACCUACUACGCCGCACCCAUCACAGCGAACUCGAAGCUAUUGUCCACCACAAGCUCCGGCAGACACCGAAGGAUUGAUCUUAGAACCUGGAGUAACGGAGGCUAUAGCUCAAUUGGCGCUAAAAAAUGAACUAGUUGUAGACAGACUUGCUAGUUUGGAUGUGAGAGCUGGAUACGAUACUAUAAGAGCGGAAUUGAUGGACCUCGAGUCUCAGAUGAAACAAAUACAAGAUUCGGUGGAAACGUUUAAGCGCUUACAACAAAGGAGCCUAGAACAGUCGAUGUUCAGCAAGGCAAACGAACUACAAGAGGAUAUUAGUAUCAAGAAAUUUGAAUUUCGUACCGCACAAAUGCACCUAGCAGCAAUCAAGUCACAGAAAGAUCUGUUCGCAUCCAAGCUAGAAGCGACCGAAUCAAACGCACGAGAUAGGAAACUAUCAUCAUCGUCCAGUGGCAGCAUGAAAUCUAAAUGGUUAAAGGCUAUCAAAAGCUUGAAGACGACUAGUGGGCCAACUAACAACAAUACUACUCAAAAAGAUGAAAAGAAACACCAAAUGUACCACGCGGUAUCGACCAUAAUUGCAAUGAGGAAAACCGGACGUGAUGGAAAUCCGCAGUUCUCGGCCAACACGGAAACGGCGCACCAGUUCCAGGAGUAUACGUAUAAGAAAAUUACACCGUGCGAUUUUUGUUCACAAGUGCUCAGAGGGCACACCAGGCAAGGUCUUAAAUGUCGGGUGUGUAAGAUGAACGUGCACUUGGACUGCCAGGAGAAAGUUACCACCCGGUGUCAGGUUAAGUCACGGCUAUUGCGUCGUCAAAAGUCAACGUCUGAAAUCGAGACGAAGAUGGCGGCAAUGAACAUGGUUGCCCGCGACGAUGACGAAGUAAUUCCCGGUGCGGACGGCGGCGGUGGUAGUGGCGGUGCCGGCGUUGGUGGUGCUGGUGGUGGUGGAGGAGGUGGUGGUGUUGUUGGAGGUAUCGGUGGUGGCGGCUGCGGCGUCAGUGGUAGCGGUAGUGGUGUCGGUAGUGGAAGUGGUGGUGCCGUCGGCGGCAGCCUUCAGCAGCUGGAUGGCGCAGGACAACCAGUCGACCAAGUGUACCAAGUGUUGAAACAAGCCGGUGAGAUCCGCACUUCACCUAGGCCAGGCGGCCCUUCCAGUGCGCGACAACAGCAACAAAUCGUCGUCGGUGGACCGCCCACCGAACCACUGCCCAGAUCGUCGCCAUCUCAGCAACAGCAGCAACAGCAACAUCACCCGCAGCACCCGAACAGUUUAGGUAGACCGGGGACCACGCUGAACGUCACGUCGCCGCCAAUCGCGUCUAGCUCAGCGGAAUCACACGUCGUCGGCACGUCUUCGGCCUCCUGCAGACUCCCGGAAUCGGCAGCACCCAGAAGGCGGAGACUGUUCGGCGGCGUCAAGAGCUUUACCAUGUUCGGUGGCAGGUCCCAAACACAAGGCCGAUCGAUAUCGUUACCCGAAAGCCAGACCACCUGCUAUUCUCAGGGACAAGACAAGCAUUUUUGGACUCGAUCAGUCCCUACCGCUCCACACAGCCCUCGUCGACCAAAACUCAAUUCACGCAUGAAGAGCUUUUCGCUGGACUCGUCAGAUACCGCAGAGCAAGCACAAAGACGACGAAUGGGCGGCAGUGGCGCUGGCAGUGGUGGUGGUGGUAGUGGCAGCAGCACUGGACUACAACAACAAAUGGAAAGCUACUCAAAUCCUUCGUCCUCAUCUAGAUUGCAAUCUCCGUCUAGCCCAGUGCAUAACCGGCGUUUACUGUCAACCAGGACCAUACGGAUGAGCUCCGUCGAGUUACCCGACGAUAACGAUAAAUCACUGUCGUCGGCAAGUACGUCUCCGUGCCCAUCGCCGGUGAGAUAUUCACAAAAACCACACAGGCUUUUACCGAAUAAUCUCUAUGUGGUGCUGUAUAAUUUCAAAGCUCGUCGAGAAGACGAACUGGAUUUGAAGGCAGGAUACAAGGUAACUGUUAUAGAUACAUCAGACCCGGCCUGGUGGAAAGGUAAAUGUUUCGGUCGCGUCGGUUACUUUCCAUACAAUUACGUCACUAAAGUGCAGCCCGGAGAGAGGCCGUGGCAAGUUACAAUCAAUUUACAGGUGUUGGAUGUUGACAAUAAUCCACUAACAUUACUGAGAGAUCAGAUCGUUAUCCAAAUUGGCGAAGGACCAGACGGCUCGGUAAUGAUCCGGAACGCAGAGAACAAACAGGGAAUGUGCCCGGUGAAGUUUCUGCAAGAGGUGUGACAAUUGGGUGAGCGAUACGUGACGCAUCGCUUUUCUAUGUCUCGACGACCUUUCUUGAGCCCAUCUUUGCCCUCGGACUACGAGAGAUACGACGAUGACCGACCUUGCGGUCGUCGACAUUCCAACUCGCAGAACCGACCGCUAUUGGUGAUCGGUCAACGUUGAAACAAUCCGCGACGCCGAAUUAUACACAUUCACUUUUACAACUCAAAUUUAUACUCACACACACACACAUACACACACACAUAUUAUAUAAAAACACAUAAACAGAACCACAAUUCUAUAUCCUCGACACCCUCCUGAAAUAAUUUCCUUGCGACCAAGGAAACUAGCUCACCCCCCCUCCCCUUUCUGUCAGCAAACUACCACCGUUUUUGCUAAAUUAUACACUAUCCGUCUCUCUCGUUCUACUUUGUAUAAUACAGAUAUUAAUACGUCCACGAUACCAUGAAAAUAUAUUAAUAAUAAUUCACUGUGUUGCCUGCUCGUUAUGCUUGUUUGUGCGGCAUAUAUGAUGUGUGUGCGUGUAUGUGUAGUUAUUAUUUAUUCAAUCGAUGUAUAGAAAACUAUAUACCCUCUUCAUAUUCGUGCCACAACUAAAUUAUGUUUUGUAUACAACCAUUCAACCAUUCAACUACUCAUCUUCAUCCCUAUACACUUCUAUUCCAUAUGCGAACACAAAUAAUAACAUUAUUAAUAUAUGUAAACAAAAAUUAUGACCAAUUUUCUUAAAAAAAAAAAAAAU